AUGUCUGGAGUGGUGGAAUCAUGGAGGCGCCCUGAGAGACGAAGCGUCUGUCGCUCCCACGUCGAGAUAACGAGUGCGAUUCACCGGUACAUGAUGAUUCGGAAUCUGGAAAUCGUCGCGACUGUGUUAUUACUUAUUCUGAAUUUUCGUUGCGCCUUCUCAUAUUUUAUUUCGGUUGACGCUCAAGAUGAAGAAUGCUUCUUUGACAAAGUUACAACCGGUACCAAAAUGGGGCUCAUGUUCGAGGUUGCGGAAGGAGGUUUUCUAGAUAUUGACGUUAAAAUUAUUGGCCCCGAUGAGAAGGAAAUUUAUCGAGGUGAACGGGAAAGCAAUGGGAAGUAUACUUUUGCCGCUCAUAUGGACGGAGUGUAUAAGUAUUGCUUUUCGAACAAGAUGUCAACAAUGACCCCAAAAGUUGUUAUGUUUUCUAUGGACAUCGGGGAUGCACCGAAAGAAGGAACUGGAGGGGAAACUGAUGAGCAUCAUAAUAAAUUAGAAGAUAUGAUCAAGGAAUUGUCAACUGCCCUCACUGGUGUGAAGCACGAACAGGAUUACAUGGAAGUUAGGGAGCGCAUUCACCGUGCGAUCAACGACAAUACCAAUUCGCGUGUGGUGCUUUGGUCGUUCUUUGAAGCCCUAGUGCUCAUCGCGAUGAGUUUAGGGCAAGUAUAUUACUUGAAGCGUUUUUUCGAGGAAAUCCAAGCCUGCGCGGAAAAGGUGGAAAUCAUGGUUGAAGAGAAAGAGUCCGAAACUGAGCCCCGAAGCAGUGCUCGAAAGAAGCGGUCAAACCGGCGAAAGGAAGAUCAAUUCAUCUCCCAGACCCUGAAAAGUGUAUCCCAUGUCAAAGAUCCUGAGGAGAAAAUUAAGGCAAUUAUCCGAGUUGCGUACCAGAUGUCUGAAGGGAUGACGGAAGUCAAGAAUGAAUUGAAAGCUGCCCAAAAGAGGUGUACUCAAGCUGUGAACGAAAGUGAUCAGUUGAGAAUGGAAUCAACGAAAAGUACCCUUGCGCGACAGCGUAUAGAAGAGCUUUGUCGUCAGUUGCAGCGCCACAACAAAGCCAUGAAAGACGAAAUGUCGAAAUUUCAACGGGAGGAUGAAGAGCGACGGAAGGAAGUGACUCAGGGAUUUCAAAACAAAAUAACCGAGAUCAAUUCUUUAAUUCAAGACCACAAUGACAAAAACGGAGUUUUAAAGAAGCAAAAUCUUGAGAUUCGUGAACGUUUGGACGAAAUGAUAGAACGGUAUGUGAGGCGUGAACAAGAAGUGAAUGACAUGAUGAGAUCUGCCGAGCUUCAGACGUCAUUGGCUGAAGCCAAAAUUGCCAAAGCUGAAAAGGAUUUCACAAUCAGCCGUGAAUUAUUUUUAAAGGAGAAAGAUACUUGGACCAAGCUGGAGGAACACUAUAAAGCGCAAAUUGCUUUGCACGAGUUCAAUGAGAAACAGCUGAAAACGGAGGUGGAAACGUACUCGAGCAAGUACAAGGAGUUCCAUGAUGCUUUUGAAACUUUUCAGAAAAACAUGACCAAAACGACGAAGAAGAUAUCUACUUUGGAGAAAGAAGUGACGAGGUGGAAGGACAAAUAUGAAGCCGCGAUAGUACUAGUUGAUAAUUCUCGGAAAGACAAGGAGAAGCUUCUGACGCAAUUAGAAGCUUCGAAAUUUGCGUGCGAGCGACUGAAAGGAUUGUGCAGAGCCGUAACAGAUGAACGGCAAAAGCUUCGAACAAUGGCAAAGCCGACAGCUUCACUGAAUGACGAAGUCAUCUUGGACGAAUGGGACAGUUACAUAGAGACCACGUUGCAGCGCAUGAAGGACUGCAAACGUGUCAUGUCGGUUGCUGCGUGUCCCAAUUGCAGCCCUGCAUCUGCAGUCGCACAAGCGCCGCCUUCCGCGGAAAACAAUGCUUCCUGUGCCAAGGCUAGUCCUGCCUCCGAAGGAUAAAGUCCUACUAAAAUGAGCCUCGUUUGAGAAGUGUGUCCGUCCUUCGGGGGGCUAACCUGUUUUUGCGUUCACCCUGUUUCGAUUUCGCGUGGUCACGCCAUUGUGAUGUAUGUGGAAGGUUGAUGCUGCCUUUUUACCCGUGUUUUUUGUCCUUGUUGGACUGCGGUGUUCGAACUCAUUUGCCAUGUAAUUGUGGCUUUAUAAACAUUGUCUUUACUAGUGAAGGUUGAUUUGAGUGACGUUUCGGGGGGUGUAGUAAAUUUCCAGUGCGCUCUUUUUCGUGAACUGCAUCUCAAAUAUUUUUCUCUUAUAUCUGAUCCGAAUGAUCAAAUUAAAUUUCUACUGUAUUUGGGAUUACGAGGUUACUUGUGAAAAACCUCGCAGCUGUUGAUAAUUUUUUCCCUGCGUUCCAAUGUAUUCAGAGCAAGAUCGAGCAAAAUAUUCUCACGUAAGAUUUUUAUUUUUCUGCAUAAAUCAGUAAUAUGCUUGGGAAUUUCGGGGAUUUCCUCUCUUGACGAAGUGAAAUCCAAUUCCGAGAUUACGUCGCGAUUUCCUUACUGUACUUUAAUUUAUGUACAGAAUUUGCGAACGAGUACAGUGUUUCUUUCAAUUUUCGAGCGCUGCUGAUUUUGAGAUGAGUUACACAGAUCGGAAUUUUAAAUUGGCCAACUCUCUUGAAACGCGAUUUCAAAAGAUCUAUAGCAAUUUUUACGUUUGAAGAUGUCAUGCACUUACUCAUUUACUAUGCCUCCUUAUUUAGAGUACAGUAUUUGAUUUUGUAGAGGAAUUUACGUGUUCUUUGGACAUUUGUUGAACGUGUUUUCUUCCAGCAUGAAGACAUUCGACAACAUUGAUGCAGUGGUGCUCGACAUUGAAGGCACUACGACGUCCAUAUCGUUCGUCAAGGUUAGUUCAUCAAAUUUGUUGGUUUGAUGAAGUUCCGUUUCAAUGAUUGUUGAUGUGACAUUGUCAAUAACGUUUAGAAACUUGAAUUGAAUUUAGUCGUUUAUCUGAAGUUCAAUCUUCUCUCGUACAAUGAAAUGAUUCUUUUUAGGAUGGGUGGUAAACAUUUGAGGGAUCUAUCUUUCUGUUGGACAUCUUGUGUUUUAAUCCACCACAAAUUUCAAGGCAUCUCAUUAUUUUUCGCCCCAGUUUUGGAAAGCAUCAAAAUAUUUUCUUUUCUAUUUUGCGCCAUUUUUGAACACCCUAUAAUGCAUUUAAUAUCCUGUCAUUUUGAUUGCAGGAGAUCUGUGCCGAAUCAGUUGAGAUCUCUGUCGUAUUUUGGUUUUCCAGGAUGUCUUGUUCCCCUACGCAGUUGACCACGUUGAAGAAUUUCUCGUUAAAAACUGGAACGAUGAAAACGUUCAGCGGCUGGUGAAAAAUUUAGUCGACGAAGCAAAGAAAGACGAUUACAACAUGCAGGUCGAAGAGACAGUUGUAAGCAUCGUCAACUUCAUUAAGCUUCUCGUGGAAAUGGACAAAAAAGUGACGAGCUUGAAAGAACUUCAAGGCUUAAUAUGGAAGAGCGGUUACGACGAUCGUUCACUUCUCGGCCACGUUUUUGGCGAUGUGGAGAGAAAUUUGCGGCAAUGGCGGGAAAAUGGUAAAAGGAUCUACAUCUAUUCGUCUGGAAGUGUGAAUGCGCAGAAGCUUCUAUUUGGGCAUUCUGUCAGUGGUGAUCUUACGAGCUUGAUUGACGGUUAUUUUGAUACGAAUAUUGGUCAGAAACGAGUUUCAGAAAGCUAUGAGAAAAUAUGUGAAUCUGUUGAAACAAGGCCGGAAAAAUUACUGUUUUUGACGGACAUACCGGAAGAAGCUAUUGCUGCGAAAGAAAGCGGUUAUUUUGUUGGAAUCUUGUCGAGACCUGGGAAUGCUGAGGUUUCUACUCAUUUUCCCGUAUUCAAGUCUUUCGAUGAAAUCGUUUUGUGAUGGUAAUUUUGACUGAGGAAAGCGCUUCGAGUUGUGGUUAUACAGCAGAUGAAGUUUU